GUUGUUCCUUAUAUCCUCUUUGGAUUGGUAUUCAUGUGUUUAGAGUCAACUACUUUAUUCAUCAAUGGGGUAAACGUGUUUUGAAGUAGGUUUUUUAAUACUCCUUUCAAGGAGCGACGUUUCCAAAUUGCAUAAGUUAGAAAGCGAACUAAAAAUUCAGAAGAUUCUCAAAGGAAGUGCACCCAAGAUGUUUGCUCUUCGUGGUUCGUCCGCUACAAGUGGCUUACCCGGGGCCUGGAGAUGUACUGGACGAAGUAACGAGGAAAUGGUAGACAAAUUUGUUCAUAUGGGCGUUAUAAUAACUUCAGAAGUGGAAGAUGCUUUCAGGGCUGUCCCAAGGGGAGCAUUUGUGCCCCACGAUUUACAAGUCGAGGCCUACAUAGAUUCACCGCUUCGCGGGGAACCACACGUUCAUUUGUCAGCUCCUCACAUGUACGCUACUGUUCUUGAAGCCUUACAGCUUUCUCCAGGUAUGAAGAAUUAUUCGCUGUAUCUUUUCUUAGAAUUGUGUGUUUUUAUUGAAGUAAAAUUACAUUAUGUCUCGGUCUGUCUGAUUAGCUGUCAGCUGUACAUGGCCAAUUUCCGUUUUUGUGACUUACAGUCCAACUUUCAAUUUUGAAUUGCUGAUUGUUAAGCUUAAAACUUUUAUAACGGGACAGAUAAGGGGUACUGGAUUUCAUUUGUUUAUUCUACGACUUGUAGCUUAAGUCAAUGUCUAUAUCGUACAUGUAUUAGUGUAACAACUUACUGUUUUGAUACCGUCCAUAUCAAAGAACGGAAGUAGACUUACCAAAUAAAGCCGUAUUUCUUUAUAUUGGUAGGUGGAAUUUGAACGUCCAGGUAGACACUUCCGAACAGGACUGUUGUUUACCGUAACUGAUGUUUCGACAACCUGUACAAAGUCAUCUUCAGAGUCAAAAUGACUACUGCACAGGUUGUUGAACUGUUAGUCACGAUCAACAACAGGCCUAUCCAGGACUAAAUUCAACCAAACGACAAUUUCCUACCCACUUAUAACACGACUUCUGGGUUCUAACCAUUUACCAAGACAAUUUCUGAUAACAAUUUAACAAUACAGUAUAAUGAAAAUGUUAUGUAUUUAAUAGUGACCUAGGUUAGUUCACCAUUAGUUCAGAGAUCAAUAUUCUGGGAUAUUAUGAGUCUGAAUCCAUGCUUGUUGCGUCAUAAAAAAUUAUGUAAUAUCUUAAAUCUCAAUAUUAGACUUUCACCAUUAUUACAUUCUGUAAGUAGUGUGCAUUCAUCACAAGUGGGUCAGUCAUGAGUAAACUGGUAGCUGCAUGAAUUUUUAAGCCUGGUUUCCAUAUGAUCACCCCGAUCGUCCCAUUUUCUCAAAUAAUGUUCAGACAAUUGGAACAAUCGUAAACGACCUGGAUGACUGAGACAACCUCGAUUGCUUGGAUAGAGUUAGGUUCUAUCCGGACGAUCAUGUAAAUUUUGAAGCAAUCGUGUGGAAAUGCUCUCAGAUGACUGAGAUGAUCAGGAUGAUCAAAGGCUAUCCCAGAAAUCAUCACUUUUAUUCCAGUAAUGGAGAAUGCCGCUGAAGUCAAAAAAAUAAAGCAAAACUGUUCGCACUGCAUAUGGGUGCUAUUUGAAAUUAGAGAAACUCACUGACAUCAAGUUCUUGAUGCUAUGUCUUUGUGGAACUCUUCUAGCUUCUCAAAGCCGCAAAAUCGAGAGAAAAUGUAAAUAGCAAGGUGCUAGGGUGGCUGUGCGAUUAAAAUCCAUCACUAUGUUUGGCUUGUUUCGAAAACAUGCGUAAAAAUUCUGUUGUCUGACCUAGAGACAUCGCCGACGACCCCACAUCUCUUGUCUUUGAGGCGAUCGAAAGGAUUACAUUGAAACUACCAAUCAUUCCAGUCGUCUCGAUCAUCUCAAAAGUUUUUUAAACAACUGGGGCGAUCAGGACGAUCCGGAGGAUCAUAUGGAAACCAGUGUCCUAUUGGGAAACAAGGAGUACUUACCAUUUGUAUGGCUCAGUAAUUCUGGGAAGAAUGCAAAAUUAAUGGAACGUGACAUGCAGGUGGAAUGAUUUUCAAGAAAAAGGCAAUGCCAUGUGAGGUAUCGCCUUGUCAUGCGAGGUAUCACCCUAACCCUUGUAAACCUGCUUGUAAGGGCAGUUCCAUUAUUCUGUGCAAAAAAAUCCACUGAAAAUUCCAUUCACCCACUCUGAAUGAAACAAGUUUGGUGUAAGCAUUGCUGUGCUCUAAGAAAAUAGUAAUUAUACACUGCAAGCUGUACAUUGGAUAGGGAUCCCAAAACCUCUAAGUCCAUAAAACCAGAUUGCCCAGCAUUUAUGUUUGAUGCAAAACGUAAGAUAUCCUUGUCACUUUAAGGCUAAAGUACGUUGCCAAGGGACACUGCUAGAACACAGACACCCUGCAUUUGUUUUUCAACCUUUAUUUACCUUUAUUAGGUUUGUCAUUCCUCAACAUUGGCAGUGGCACAGGCUAUUUUUCCUGUUUAGCUGGUUACAUUCUUCAAAACCAUGGUAUAAAUCAUGGCGUAGAACUUCAUGAAGAUCUGGUGCGGUUUGCUAAGGAACGAGUUGAGGAAUACUUACAGUUCUGUCCUGCUAUUGCCCAUGAUAUCUGUAUGCCCAAGUUUGUGGCUGGAAACUGCUUCAGAGUGGAUCCUUCAGGUUGUAACUAUGACAGGGUAUAUUGUGGAGCAGCUUGUCCUCCCAAUAAAGUUCCAUUCAUUCUUGCAUUGACCAAGAUUGGCGGCUUUGCUAUUAUUCCUUGUAGAAACAAGGUAUGGUUGGUACAGUUUUGAUUUGUUUUUGAGAACGUUACUCUAGUUUAAUUUUACAAUAAUUAUAAUAUGGAUUUUGACAGUCUGUUGAUGAUUGAAACCCUGAAGGCUGGUUUUACUUGGUACGGAGUUGGAGUCGUAAGAGUGCUUAUUACAAAGUGAAAAUUACCUUACUUGUGCUGAGCACCAAGUAAAGGAUUCACCACACUCCGAAAUGUCCGAAAGUUUCUUUUUUUGGGACAAGAUUGGGUGCGCAAAGUCCACCAUUUUUCAGUUUGAGUUGGCUAUUUGACAAAGUGAGAGCGGAAUUACUUUGUGAUAUCUCACGAUCACUUCGAGGUCUCUGAUUUGUUCUUUAUUUUAUUCACAAAAGAAAUAGUAAUAAUAUUAUUUUUUGACUUGCCUGGGGUUUGAAGCAACUCACCUGCAACCUGUCAGAUCAGAUAACACUCUAAGUUGAAAGUUUAGCAGAUUGCGCCACUAAUAAUGACCCAAGGUAGUUUGUAAGUUCUUUCGGCUACAAUAAAUAUUUAAUACUUUAAUCUAUUCAAGGAAUAAAAUAUUAUCUUUUUUGGCUUACCCGGAGUUUGAACCAACUCACCCGCAGUGCAUUAGAUCAGACAGUUACAAGCGUUGGUUCACUUGCUUCUGAGCAAAAAAAACAAAGAUCAAUCUUUUGUGGUCUUCUGAAAGUAUCAACGAAAAGCUUUGAAGUUUGUUGUUGUUGUUUGCAUCAUGUACAUGCAACAUGCACAAAGACAACGUCUUUGUUCAGCAUUUUGUAGUUUUAAAUUCAUCAUAAAACAGUUUGAAAAAAGCACCAACACAACGUUAAAAUAAAUAAUAACAUCAAUAAAAAAGAAACACGUAAAAUGUUCUGGCUUUUUCUUUUGAAAAAGCUGUAAUGCCAACAGUAGAUGUUCUCAAGAACCGAUGACUGCUCCGGGCAUGAUCCAAACACCGUGAAAUCCGUGGGAAAAGGAGACAUGGAGCCAUAGUGGUUGUCUUUGUUGAGUUUACCUAUUUUUACCCCCAACAUCAGACACUGUAACAACAUUAUACGAAAUUAUGGCGAAGCAUUUUCAACAUUUUAAAACAACUGAGGGAUACUUUUUAGUGUGGAAGAAGGUUGUUUUUUUACCUAGAAAUGGAGCGAUUUCUUCCGAUAAUUGGAGAUAAGUCUCUCAAAAGUGAUUGGAAUUGACAGGUUUGGCUAUAAAUGAGAGUUAGAGCAAUUUUGUCCACUCUUGCUCAGAUGUCGAGAGCCAAAAAAGAUGUUAACACUUGACAAAUGCUUUUGGUAGUAUGGGUAUGCUUUCAAUUAUUGACUGAGCCAUUAUGAUGAUGAUGCAACCAUCUCUCACAACAAUGAAAACCAUAACAGCCUGCAAGCAAGCUCUCCAUUUAAGAGAUAUUGAAAGAAGUAAAGAGUGAGUGGCAUGCGAAAGGAGACGCGGAAGCAAGGUGUGAGAAAAGAAAAUGAGAGCUUAUUGUCACUCAAAAUAGAGAUGAUGCUACCAGUCCAUAACAUUUCUUGGUAGUUGUGCGCAUUUGCAAGUCUGUGAGCCACUGCAGUUUACGUUUAGGAAUUCUAAGGAAAAAUUUGAGCUUUUUAUACAUUAAGCAGCAUCCACUAUGACUCCACAUCUCCUUUUUUACCUAUUUCAACCAACCCUUAACAAAUCACAACAUUGCGGCAGUCACACGUGUCUGAUACAAAAAAUCCUCACAUACAGUACGUAUGAUACCACAACGCUCAAGUGUACGCUCCAAUAGCAUUUUGUUUUGCUUACUUUCUGAACAAAUAAUGAAUGAUUUGUUUACAAAAUUUGAUUUAAUUAUGUGACCUCCUUGAAUUAUUGUGUGAUCAAAUGUGAUUUCAGGCCAGUUGUGCAAAAUAAGAAUGUCAGAAGCUCUGUCCAUUGUUAUAUACCAGUACAUUUUUUAUUUUUGCAGCUGCUCAAGAUUGAACGAGUCUCGGACACUGGGGUGAAACAGACUUGUAUCAGUGAUGUGAAUUUCGCACCACUUGUAGCAAUGCCAGAUUCUGACUCAAGUCUUCCCAAACUCUUUUUUCCUAAGGAAAAUCCAAAAAGAAGAGAAAAGGUUUGUUGAAAUGCUAGCAUUUGUUAGUGAAGUAAAUUGCAAUUGCUUUUGUGUGUUUACAAAUGGUUUGCUUUCAAAAAUGCUGCAGAGUUGGCAAGAUAAUUUAAUUUAUAUAUUAUGGAGAAUGCUGGACAAAGCAUGCUUUAUUUUGGUCUUCAUUUUGUAAAGCCCAAAUUGGUACUGGACGUACUUGAAGUACUCAACAGUGACUUUUGUAUUUUAUUUAUUUUGUUAGAACAUUCGUAUUUACCCUCCAUCCAAUGUACUGGUAAGCCGCGGAAAGGCCAGAACUCUACUGGCUAAACUGAGAGCUCUCCAAGAAGCAACUGGUAUGUAAUCACAUCUGAGCCCUUAGAUAUCUAAGUUUCUGCAGGUGGGAGGGAGUGAUCUACAUAUAGUUUUCUUAAGAUCAGUAAUUAAACAAAGAAAUACCCGUGUUAAAGAAAUUUCUCAAUUAUUGAGUUGCCUUGCUUGAUUUUUUUUCCCAUGCCAAAAUUCAAUAUUAACCUCUGUAGUCAGAUACUUGCAGUAUGAAAGAGGUGUAAGGAUGUUACAGAGGUACUGUGUCUACAUUGUAGUUCAAACUGAAAUUCAGGUUAAUGACUUUAAUGGUUUUGCACUUAGCUUGCUUUGAGAUUUCCUUCAUCUGCCAGACCCAAAUAAAAAAAAAACCUGCAAUAACCAAAGCUUAGGAAGUGCAGGGGAGAUCAAUGCAAAGGCUUUGGCUCCAACAGUGGCUGUCCAAGCGUAUUGUCAGAUUGCAUUCUAUGCAUUCGCUGCAUUCCUUUGUAAUAGCAACCUGGACAUUAGGAUUGUGGGCUUCUCUGGUUGCCCACCAUACACUGUAACAAGGAGUAUAGUCAUUAUUAUCGUUUACUGCUAUGAAUACCCAUUACAACUUCACGCCGAUUUAAGUGUGUACCCCAAUUUUUGGGGUUAUCAAGUAUUCAUAUAUUCAGGCUAUUGUUCUUGCCAUUGUCGAUUACCUUCCGAAGAAUCCACAAGCGGAAUUCCUUUGAUUUAGGUGCGAUAUGUCUCUUUUGUUUUGAAUUUUGUUGCUUCAUUGACUUUUUAAUCCCCAUUGUUACAUGAUGAGUAUUAAAUUUAUCCAUUAAAAUACUCGGACUUGCCUGUUAAAUUUGCUGCAGUCUGUGGGAACGCUUACAAGUCUUUUAACCGUGGCGGACAACUCUGGUUGCAUAACAUAUUUUCGGUCACGCACCGUGUUACAAAGGAAACAAGCCUGAUAAAUUUGAAGUUGAUUAAAGCUUUUAAAUGCCUGGUCUCCAAUAGUAUUUUUUAUUAAACACUCUCCUGCCUUGAAAAUAAUUUGGCAUUUAAAGAAUUGCUGCGGAAUUUAUUUAUUAGAACGUUUUAUUCAUUCAGUAGCUCUGCAAUCAAGAGCGAGCAACUCUUUUCAAAAUGUAAACAACGCAAGCGGUGAAUGCAUUUAACGGGAUGACACAGUUUUAUUAGAGUGUAAUUUCACUUUUUUGAACGUUUUCGCUUGCCUUUCAGUUUUCUUUUGUUGAACAAAACCUUGCGUUUCAGUUACGUGACUGCAGGGCCCGAAAUAACCGCGUAUUGUCAGUUCACCGAUUUGCAUGACAACUUGAUUCAUGGAGUGGUCGAGUGAGACGGGAAACAUCUAAAAUCAAAACAAGAGCUGUAAUCGACAGAUCAAAACUUAUGGAGUUCAUAAUUCCUCGAAAUAAUUUUGUAGAAAUGCUUGUAUAGUUUCAUUGCUCUGGAGAAAUGAAUAACUGUUAUGAUUGAAUGAAUGGAUAACUCUCGGCCGGAUUUUAUUAAGCGAUAGGCGAGAAAAAAAUGCUUCAGUGGCUUGCUCUGUACUUGAAACCUCGGCAAGAAAAAAAAAAUCCAAUCGCGUCCACAGUGGUCGAAAUUUCUCGCUUCAAGAUCUCUUUUGAAGCUCUCAAAAUUUUCCUUUUCGAGAAAUACGUGUCCAAGUCGAAGAAGUUUUGCCAAAGACUUAAAUCCAUAGACUUCUACCGCAAUAUGUGCGAUAAUUCUCUGCAGUUUUAUUCACACACUUAGAACAAAAGGAUACUUAUAAAACUUCGCGGCCCUGGGCAGCUUAAUUAAGCCAUUGUUCAAUUCCUUUGAAUGCGCUUCUGAGUUUUCCGCCAUAAAAUCUCACCUUCUUUGAACCGAGUCAAAACGAACACUCUCGAAGGGAAAGUUCGGAGGAAUAAGUUGAGCCUUCAGGGUACAAAAUCCAGCAGUUAUGCCCAUUUCUGAAAUACACACUUAAAUCGGCGUGAAGUUGUAAUGCAUGAUGUCAACAAUUUCCUUUGUGACUCCUUCCCUAAUGCUAAUCAUUCGAGCAAUUAGUGGUUAGGAAAUCAAAGGAAAAGAGGGUGAUAAAAGAGAAUUAAGCUGGGUUGAAUUCAUUUUAACCUCAGAAGUUCAUUUUGGACUUCUACUGCAUUUAAGGUAUAGAUAGGUUAUUAGCCAUUGUGCUUAGACUGUUAUUAGAGGAUAUUAGGGGAUUUCUGUAACUGUGGUUUGCAGUAGGACGGGUUCAACUACAUGUAUACUUCUAGUCAUUUAUGUAACAAAUUAUAAGUCCUGAGACUCAUCUUGUGAAAUAUCAUGGGUCCA